AUGUAUUCUCAUGAGGCAAAUCCACCUGGUGGUAGUUUUUUCAGAGCUGUAGACGAGUCCACCAGAGGCCGUGGCGAUGGCACGGCUGAUGGUUACACGGAUACCACCGGUGGUUACGCAGACGGCACAGGCGGUUACCACCUCGCACGUGAACCCUCCCUCUUCUCCCCAGUAGCAGAGGACGAGGGUCAGGAGCCCCUCUCCUCCUCCACACUCUCCUCCUCCGCGUCUUCCUCUGCAGCCUCCCUCUUCCUCCGCUCCAUGAGCUCUGGCAGAGCCGAGGAUCUGCUGCUGCAGCAGUUUCACCGCCACCUCUCCCCUGAGGUUCGCCCCGGCACUGCUGGUGGCGCCUGGGGAUGCAGAAACCACGCAGUUGACGAUUCGGGCGGCGGAAAUCGAAGUUCUGGCGAUUGGGGUAGUGGUAACGGUGGGAGUGGAGUCACAGGGAAGGGAAAGGAUGGGGUGGAGGGACGAGUGGGAGGUGGGCGCAGAGGGGAUCUGGGGCGUGGAGGGGUUGGGGCGUUAGGGGGCGCAGAAGCAGCAGCAGGAUUGCGAGCGGCGUUUGUGAGUGGGAGAGCGCGCAGCAGCAGCUUCAGUGGCGCUGCUGGUGGGUUUGCGGGCAGAGGGGGGGGCGGAUGGGGUGGGGAAGACGACGAGGGAAGCACACCCGGGGGAGGGGCGUCUGGGGGAGGCACACCUGCGGGCGGAACACCUAGGGGAGGGGGAUAUGGCAGCGGGACGAGCAGCGGCGCAGAAAGCACUGGGUCGGUGAUAGAAAGAGGCGGCGGUGGUACUAGUAGUGGAAGGAGGAGAAGCGGGGGUAUGGGGAGUGGGGAUGGGGGGGAGGGCAGUGGAGGACCUAGGCUGACAGAGGCUCAGAAGCAGCGGUGGCAGGAAUAUCAGCAGCUGCUGCCGCCGCUGACAUUGCCGCCUGUGCUGGAACGGAGGCUGAAAAUGCAGGAGGCGGUUCUGAAAAGGCAGGAGGCGCUGCUGCUGGAAGAGCUGCAGCAGCAGAAGGCACUGCAGGAGCAGAAGAUGUUGCAGGAACAGAAGAGAGCUGAGGAGCAGCGGAAGCAGGUGGAGGAGGGAGCGCACCAGCAGCAGCAGCAGCAAACGGAGAGGCAGCAGCUUGCAGGAAAGCAGGAGGCAACUUUGCGGAUCUGCCACUCGGACGAGUUCAUCCGGCUGCCAGCUGGCAUGACCGCCCGCGGGGGCGGCAGCCUCGUUGGGUUGUCCACGCGGGCGCACUGCCUGGCUGCUGCUGCCACGUCAGCAGAGUCUCCUGCGGGCGGCAGACUGAGCAUGGGAGACGGAGAAGGAGGGGGAUGGGGAGGAGGCGACGGGUCUCCUGUCUGCACGCCCCCUCCGUAUGCCCGCUCGCUCGUGUACGGUCGUUCCCCCCGCACGGCAUUUGACCGCUACCGCAUUCGCAGCCUGGGGGCCAUUCCGCCAGGGGGGCUUGUGGCUGGCUCCAUUGUGGUAGGAACUAAGGAGGGUGCUGCAGGGGCGAGCAGUGGGGGCGAGCAGGGAGGCGGGGCGAGCAGGCUGCGGGGGUCAGUGGGCCUCACAGCGCCCUCAGGCCUCACCUGGGACGAGGAGAUUUCCCGGAAGCUGGCUCUGCGGGGGGUGCAGGUGCGGCCGACCAGCAGCAGUGUUUCGGCAGCAAGCCCCUCGUCGUCUGCUCACCAGCAGCCGACGAGUCUCUCGACGCAAGAAGGUGCUGAUUUCGCCGCUGCAGCAGGAGCAGCAGGGACAGCAGGAGCAGCAGGGACAGCAGAUGCAACUGUAGCAACUGCAGCAGCAGGGGGUGCGUGUGACGGUGGUGAGCGUGCAAGUGCUCGCCUCUCUGUCUCUGACUGGGUGCGCUCCUCUUCCACCUCCUCCUUGACCCCUGCCAAGGUAUCCACUGCCGAAGCCACGGCAGCAGCAGGAGCAGCAGAAGGGGCGGCUGGAGCGCCAGGUGAAUUCUCAGUUAUCACCUACCCCGAUUUCACCGAGCUUUCUCUCGACCUAUCCGAGACUAUCCCCCUCACCCCCUCCCGCUCUGCCAAGGGGUUUUCGCUGCCCGCCUCCCCUGCUGCUGUCGCCUUUGCUGCUGCCGUGGCUGAGGUUGACGCGUCCGGAUUCGCAGUACCGGAGCAGAUGCUGAGGGCAGAGAAGGGUGGGAAUGAGCUGGGGUCGGAGAAGGGAGGAGCAGGAGGAUCGUUUGCGUCGUGGAACUCGGGGAGUGGUGCUAGCAGUGGGAGCAUGAGCCGGGGCAAAGCAACAAAAAAGGAGCUUCCAACAUGCUGUGUUAUCGGCUGA